AUGCCUCGCAACCCGUUGACCUUCCUCACUCUCCCGCUCGAACUCCGCCUCGAAAUCUACACCCACCUCCUCGUCAUCCCACCACCCCCGCCGCCGGAGGAACAGCAGCCCAUCUACCGCUGCUCCUACCCAUACUCACCCCCUUCCUCCCCAGAGGAUCAUUCCCAGCCCGACAAACCGCUGCUCCACCCCGAGAUCCUCGCCGUCAACGGCCAAAUCAACGUUGAAGCCACGCCCCUCCUCUACAGCCGCAACACCUUCUCCGCCAACCCAACCGACCCCAGCCUGCCCCCGAGUCUCUACCGCCCCAGCUAUCUAUCCCCCCCCUCCCGGCCAAUCACCACCACCCUCAAUCCAGACCAACAACAGCAGCAGCACCGGCACCCCAAGCAGCACCUAAUCAAGAGAUGGCACCUCCGCCUGCGCCUCGACACCACACCCCGUCCCACUCCCAUCUUUCUUCCUCCUCCGCUCAACAACCCAUCAACCAUUAGCGACAGUACCAGUACCAUCUUCAACACUAGCAGCAGCAGCACCGCUGGCUACAACAACAACAGCUGGACCAAAGCCGCCAUAACGUCCUACUUCUCCCACGCCGAGGACCUCACCCUGUGCCUCUGGACAGGCACCUUCAUGGGCGGCGUCGGCGCCGAUGCGCUGCGCCAGUUCGAGGGCGUGCGGGGUGUCAGACGGGUCAGGGUAACGGGGGUACUGCCCGGGUUUGAGGGGUAUGUGAGCUGGUUGACGCGGCGGAUGACGAGGUUGACAACGAGAAUGACGAUGGAGAGUCAGGGCCAGGUGAUGGGGAAGGUGGGUGGGGACGGUGUAGAAUGGAAUGGGGAUGAGAGAAAGGGAGAGGGAGGGGGGAAGAUAGAGGAGGAGGAAUAUGUCCCUAUUGACGAGAGGGAGGGGAAGAGGUUGAGAGGGUGGGUUUAA